AUGGCGGGUACUCUGCCUCCUCUCUUUGAGAUAUCUGACGACGAUCAUGGUGGAUAUGCGGCGGUCACAGUCUAUACUUUAUUGGCAUUGACAAUUGUUGUCGUUCUCACUCGUUUAUUCAGCCGGUGGUAUAUCGGACGAGUGAUACAUCUCGAUGACAUUCUACUGGCAGCUGCAACACUAUCGGGUCUCAUACAGAGUAUCAUAGUACAGCUGGCGAUUUCCAAUGGACUUGGUCGGAAACGUCCCACCAUUGACAAUCACCAUUUUAGAUUGUUUCUGAAGUACGAAUAUGUCGCACAAAUCCUCCUUAUCGUGACGAUAGCACUGAGCAAACUUUCAUCGGGGCUGCUUUUCAAGAGCACAUUGACAUCGCGGGGCUAUUUACGGUCAAACAUGGGAUUAAUAGGGGUCAUAACUGCAUGGGCUAUUGCAUCCAUCCUAGCAUUGGCUUUCCGAUGCUCUCUGCCUACGCCCUGGGAGUGGAAUCUGCCCGGCCAGUGCAUCAAUCAGGCCGCUCUUUUUCAGGCUAUCGCAGCAUUCAACAUCAUAACAGAUGUAGCCCUCGUGGUUCUGCCGUGCGUAUUGCUCCGAAAUGUGCAACUGUCCCGAUGGAAACGGUUCAGGAUUAUGGCACUUAUCGCUAGCAAGUUCGCGGUUUGUGCUGUGACAGGAGUCGAGAUCCACUAUACCCUCAACCUACUCGCAUCACCCGACCAUCUAUGGGCGAGCACCAACUCUACUGUUUGGGACCACUGCAGAGUCAUGAUGAACCUUAGUAUAAUCACAACCGCCCUCCCAUCCCUUGGACGACUGGUUGUCGAGCUUCAACCCAAUAUCUACGCAUUCACCAUUCACGACGACCCUGCCGACGCACAGGCUAAAAGCAACAAAUACAACAUCUCAUCCAUGAGAAAGUCAUACCCUACCCGGACAGAUCCACCUCUCAGCCCCGGUACAUCAGUGCAGGUAACAAGCGGAUGGCAAGAAACGUCCCGAGACGAUGCCGAAAGCAUGGAGGGCCUAGUCAGCCCACCCAAUGCAAUCCAACAAACAAUCCAUUUCGAGGUCCACUAA